UAAUGGAAAUUUGAAUAAUUUGAAUUAGCUCGGGACUUCCGUUUCUGUACGGAUUAGGUACAAGAGGCAAGAGGUAGGUACGUGUACGUACAUAUGCAUAGUGUACGUACACAUGAUUAGGUAUUGUGGGAACAUUCAGAUUAAGCGAUAGUUUUUUUUUUUUUUUUCUCCUACUUCUCGUCUUUUGUUGCCAACCUUCCAUAGGUACGAUAGGUAAUCCCCUCGUUCCAUACGCAGGGUACAGUGCCUAGUCUCCGUCUAGAAGACAGGAGGCGAAUCCCGACCAACCUAAUACUUCUCCCUGCUUGAAUAUAAACCAAAAACUAUCACUUCGUCUUCCGCAAUUGUUAAUUCAUUCCCUUGAUCGACCUUCCCUACCUAAGAGAUUAUCCCGGUGCUGUGCUGCCGUGGGUUCUCGGUUCUCAGUCGUUGUUGAUUAUUAAUCCCAAGCACAGGGCUAACUUAAGUUUAACCUUACACUCAAAUAGAAGAGUUGUACGGUAAGACUGGGUUGUGAAACUGUACAACAGCUUCAUACAAUAUCCUGAAAGAGACAUUGGUAUUAUUCGAUACUCGAAAGCAAAUACCAACUCCAAUUCACUAUGGCUUCUGCAACGGCCACUGGCGUUCCGCGCCAGAAUCCCGCCCUUCGGCGAACUAUGACAUCUACUACCACGGACACCGAUGUCUCGUCGCCGUCCACCGCCAUUGGGUCCCCGGUUGACUCUCCUCGACCUUCCGCAUCCUCUACUUCGCUCUCCUCCAUGUCCUCUCUCGAGACUAAUAAUAAUCACGGCAAGCUCAUCGACACGUAUGGCAACGAAUUCGAGAUCCCCGACUAUACCAUCAAAGAUAUCCACGACGCUAUUCCCAAGCACUGCUUCCAGCGAUCUGCCGUCAAGGGCUUUUACUAUGUUUUCCGAGAUAUCGUCCAAUUGGCCGUCACCUUCUACCUCUUCCACACCUAUGUGACGCCGGAGUAUGUCCCAUCCACCCCAACUCGUUUUGCUCUGUGGGGAUUGUACACCUUCAUCCAAGGUCUUUCUGGCACUGGUAUCUGGGUGUUGGCACACGAGUGCGGUCACCAGUCCUUCAGCACCUCCAAAGUUUUGAAUGACACUGUCGGCUGGGUCCUACAUUCUUCUCUGUUGGUUCCGUACUUCAGCUGGAAGAUCUCGCACGGCAAGCACCACAAGGCAACGGGCCACAUGGAGCGCGACAUGGUCUUCGUUCCCAAGACUCGCGAGGAGAAAGCUAGCCGUAUGGGUAAGCUCGUUCACGAACUGGCUGAGCUCGGCGAAGAGACCCCCAUCGUGACUCUUAUCAGCCUUAUUGGACAACAGCUUAUUGGCUGGCCCAACUAUCUCAUGACCAAUGUGACGGGACACAACUUCCACGAGCGCCAGCGUGAGGGACGUGGAAAAGGCAAGAAGAACGGCUUCUUCAAUGGUGUCAAUCACUUCAACCCAUCUAGCCCCCUGUACGAGGCCAAGGAUGCGAAGCUGAUCGUCCUGAGUGAUAUUGGCUUGGCCAUCACCGUCUCUGUCCUGGUCUUACUUGGCAAUAAGUUCGGCUGGGGAAAUAUGUUUGUGUGGUAUUUCUUGCCGUAUCUCUGGGUCAACCACUGGCUAGUUGCUAUCACUUUCCUCCAGCAUACUGACCCGUCCCUACCCCACUACAAACCCGAAUCGUGGAACUACGUUCGUGGAGCCGCUGCGACAAUUGAUCGCGAGUUUGGGUUCAUCGGUCGUCAACUGAUGCACGGUAUCAUCGAAACACACGUCCUUCAUCACUAUGUUUCCACCAUACCCUUUUACAAUGCCGACGAGGCGAGCGAAGCUAUCCAGAAGGUGAUGGGUCGUCACUACCGGUCGGAUACCAGAGGUGGUUCGUUGGGAUUCAUCAAGGCUAUGUGGCGUAGCGCUAGGAUGUGUCAGUGGGUCGAGCCAAGCGAAGGUGCUGAGGGCGAAGGGAAGGGCGUCCUAUUCUUUAGGAACACAAACGGCUUAGGAACAAAGCCGGCAAAGAUGAGCCCUCCUUAGAAGGGGAUCAGGAUAGGUGCAGACGAGUAAGGGAACUCAGUUUGAACAUAAUAAGAAUUGGCACGGCUAGCUCAAAGCUCUGCCCGCCCGCGAGUAUCAGACAGUUCCGUGGAAAGGGUUGAGUACUGUCGAGCAGCAGGUUACACACCAAGUGACGAACGACGGCAUGCUCGGCUUCGGGGAGGCAUUUAUCGAUGGACGGCAUUCGCUACAGCCGGCAGACAUGCUGUAAAGCGAGCUCCGCAGUGUUUUGCUGCGAUCGAGAAAUGGAACAGAAAACAAAAAGGUGCGGUACCUGGACAGGGUAACCUAGGCUAUCAAAAUCACGACUAUGAAAUGAAAUAGACAUAGACUAGAAAACUAGCCAUGAUGAAUAGAUUUCUUUGAGCAAGAACAAACUGCGAUCGUUUCGACGAGAUUUUGAGUAGUAAAACGCCCAUCCUUUUCGGAACACUAUACGUAGGCUGGAUAAGUUGUAGAUAGAAAUGAGCGGGGUGGUGGUAAUAGGUAGAGGUAAAUAGGGUUUUCUGGGACCGCUUUGACAUGCAGGUGAGUUCACUCCGG